UCAGUGUACCUUAUUACUGACAACAAGCACCUGAGUGUGGAGACCCUGGCUCACUCAGCACCUGAUUACCCCAGUCACUCAGCAUCUGAUUACCCCAGUUAGUCAUCACCUGAUUUCCCCAGUCAGUACCUGAUUUACUCCUAGUUUGCAAUUGGUUGUCAUCCCCCGUCAGUUGCUGAUUUCUCCCAGUCAGACAGCAACUGUUUGGUUUCUUCUAGAAGUUGUGAGUGAUGGAGAAGCCUCAGGUGCUGGUGUACAUAGAGAAAAGCUUAAAUUACAGUGCCUUCGAUGUCAAGUGGAUACCCAGGUCGGCCAAGCUGGUAUCUAUUGGCAGCCAUCCCCAGGGCACUGGGGCACUGCAGGUGUAUGAGAUGAGUGAAGGGGACCUCAAGUUGCUGCAUGAUGUGGAGCGGCCCAAAGCGUUAAAGUGUGGAACAUUUGGAGCAUCAACCCUGGAGGAACGGCACUUAGCCAUAGGAGAUUUUGAAGGGAAGAUGGAAAUUAUUGACUUGCAGUCUCCUCAGUUGCCAGUUUAUUCUGUCAAGGCUCACAGUGAGAUCAUCAAUACAAUCGAUGGAAUUGCUGGACUUGACAUUGGCAAAGGUGCCCCAGAGAUUGCCACGGGUAGUCGUGAUGGACUUGUGAAGGUGUGGGAUUCCCGUCAAAAAGAUCGACCAGUUGUGACCAUUGAACCCAAGGACGGGGAACAAAAGCGCGACUGCUGGAGUGUAGCAUUUGGAAACUCGCAUUCUACUGAAGACAGAACACUUUGUGCUGGUUUUGAUAAUGGAGAUGUCAAGAUGUUUGAUCUUCGCAGUAUGGCUGUUAAGUGGGAAUCAAACUUGAGCAAUGGUGUGUGCUCACUUGAAUUUGAUCGUAAAGAUAUUGUAAUGAACAAACUUUUAACAACUACUUUAGAAUCAAAGUUCUACAUCCACGAUCUUCGGACAUUCCACAAAGAUAAGGGUUUUGCAAGACUGAUGGACAAGGGCCACAAGUCAACUGUGUGGUGUGGGAAGCACUUGCCUCAAGAUCGUGAAAUCUUUGUUACAACAGGUGGUAAUGGUUCAAUUAUGUUAUGGAAAUAUUCAUAUCCUGUAGCCAGGUCCAAGACACUCGAAGAUGGGUCAGAAGUUGGUGUUGUUGGCCAAGUAAUCCCACUACAGAAUGCCACCCUCACUAGUCAACCCAUCACAAGCUUUGACUGGAGUCCAGAUAAGAUGGGAUUAAGCGUAUGUUCAGGACUCGAUCAGACAAUUAGGGUAGUCAUUGUUACAAAGCUAAAUACAGUAUGAAUUUCUUUUUUCAUAGGUAUUUCAAUGAGCUAUGAAAAUUAAAAAGGCUUUUUUCCUUGGCACCAUUGCAGCUCCAUAUUGCACAUCACAUAUAAAAACUAUAAACUUUGUAUUUUAGCUAAAGCCUUUCUUAAAAUACUGCCCAUAUAAACUCUCGCAUAUCAUUACCUUAUAAACCUACUUAGGUAAUUCCUAGCUAUUUGUGUAAUUUUUGGUUUCAUUGCUUUCAAUAUAUUGUCCUUAAAUUUUGUUCAUCAUGCACAGUGUUUACACACUGCAUUUUCACUUAUGGUUCAUAGAAAAUUUUGCAGAAAUGAGAAAAGGCCUUAGAUGCCCAUUUCAAAAAAUUUGUGAAUUAAUGCCACC